CUUCCCCUCGGGCCCGGCGGCGGCCCCGGCUUCCUGCACCUGCCGCACCCCCCCCCCCCUCGCCGCCCCGGCCCAGGCCCAGGCCCAGCUGCACGCGCGCGCUCCGACCUCCCCGCGUCCUGGGCGCUCGGGGCCGGGUCUCGGGGAAGGACCCGCCCGGCAUCGCGAAGCUCCCAUUCGGGAGGGGAGGCACCGAGUGGAAAGAAGCAGUGAAAAUGCCUCGUGUAAAAGCAGCUCAAGCUGGAAGACAGGGCCCUGCAAAGAGACGACUUGCAGAACACUUUGCAGCUGGGGAGAUAAUCACAGACAUGACAAAGAAGGAGUGGAAACUAGGAUCGCCCAUUGGCCAGGGCGGCUUCGGCUGUAUAUAUCUUGCUGAUAUGAAUUCUUCAAAGUCGGUGGGCAGCGAUGCACCUUGCGUUGUAAAAGUGGAACCCAGUGACAAUGGACCUCUCUUUACUGAACUGAAGUUCUACCAGCGAGCAGCCAAACCAGAGCAAAUUCAGAAGUGGAUUCGUACCCAUAAACUGAAGUACCUGGGUGUCCCUAAGUACUGGGGGUCUGGUCUACAUGAUAAAAAUGGAAAGAGUUACAGGUUUAUGAUAAUGGAUCGCUUUGGGAGUGACCUUCAGAAAAUAUAUGAAGCAAAUGCCAGAAGGUUUUCUCGGAAAACUGUCUUGCAGCUAAGCUUGAGAAUUCUGGAUAUUCUGGAAUAUAUUCACGAGCAUGAGUACGUACACGGAGAUAUCAAGGCCUCAAAUCUGCUUCUGAGCUACAAGAAUCCUGACCAGGUGUACUUGGUAGAUUACGGCCUUGCUUACCGGUAUUGCCCAGAAGGAAUUCAUAAAGAAUACAAGGAAGACCCCAAAAGAUGUCAUGAUGGCACAAUUGAAUUCACCAGCAUUGAUGCGCACAAUGGUGUGGCCCCAUCAAGACGUGGUGAUUUGGAAAUACUUGGUUAUUGCAUGAUCCAGUGGCUUAGUGGUCAUCUUCCAUGGGAGGAUAAUUUGAAAGAUCCUAACUAUGUUAGAGAUUCCAAAAUGAGAUAUAGAGAGAAUAUUGCUGGUUUGAUGGACAAAUGUUUUCCUGAGAGAAACAAGCCAGAUGAAAUUGCUAAAUACAUGGAAACAGUGAAAUUACUGGGCUAUGCUGAGAAACCUCUCUAUCAGAACUUGCGAGACACUCUUUUGCAAGGACUAAAAGCUAUAGGAAGCAAGGAUGAUGGCAAGCUGGACCUCAGCCCCGUGGAGAAUGGAGGCUUGAGAGCAAAGUCAAUGACGAAGAAGCGCAAGAAAGGAAUUGAGGAGAGCACACAGUCCAGUGUUGAAGACAUGGAAUGCUCCGAUACACAGACAAAAGAGGCCACACAGACCCGUUCAAAAACCAGAAAGAGAGUCCAGAAGUAAAUCAAAUGCUGUCAACCGACUUUUCUUCCUGUCAUUUAAUUUUUUCCUCUUUCUCUAUUUUAAAUGUUGUAUUUUCAUGUGAGUCUAUUAGGGUGGGACUAACCAUGAAAUACCUAUGUCUUUGAAAAAUAUAAACUUUUUAAUGAAGUAAAUACUUUGUACAAUUUAUUAAAGACUAGUUUAUAAAAUUGAAAAUCUUUAGGUCAUACUCUUUAAGCUCUCCCGAGCGGUAUGUGUUUGAGGUUCUGAAGUAGCUUAUAAGAAAAACCCCAUGAUGUGCACUUUGUAAUCAUUGUACAUUUGCCCUAAGUGUUUAGAAUGCUUGGCAAAGUCCUCACCUUUAAGCAGAUACAAACCUUAAAAUAAAGGUCUCUUUGCAUGA